AAUCGGAAAUUCUAUGUAUUUUGUAAAAAUUUCCAUAAAUAGCAAACGAUGUGAUUUCUUUUUUAGUUCCAUUUUACAGUUUUAUUUACUAAAUUUGAAUAAGUAACUUUUUAAAAUGCAAUGUAUUACCCGCUUGAUGCGGCAUCGAAUAUCUCUUAACGGAGUGCAAACGGUGUUUCGCGCGAAACCGUCAGUGCCCGUAUCGCAGCAGCGAUGGUUGUCUUCGCACAGACCUCUCAACGGAAUUUUGUUAAAAUCAUCUGGUGAAUCUCCGGUGCUAUUAGGUGUUUAUUCUACGCGUCCUGGAUCGCUGUAUGUUUCGCGGCGAACUAUCGCCGUCUCCGCUGUGUGGCUGAAGGACGCUGAAGAUGGGAAACGGGACGACGGACCCGAAGACGAAUCCCCAGAGCAUGACGAUGUCAAUGUUGCUGGUCCCGUUAUCCAAAUCCAGCUUCCACCGGGAGCUGCCGCCUUGACUGCGCUAACCGUCCCCGAAAACUUCCCCGUUGUACCGAUGAUUCCCAUAACGCGGUAUCCUGUCUUUCCUAAAUUUAUAAAAAUUGUUGAGGUGUCCAACCCCGCUUUAAUGGAGAUUCUUCGAAGAAAAGUGCGACUGAACGUGCCGUAUGCAGGGUGUUUUGUGAGGAAAGAAGACACGUCGGAUAUUACAAAGGUUGAAAAGUCUGACUUCGAAGUGGUCAAAAGUUUGGACGAGGUGUACUCGGUGGGAACGUUUGUUCAGAUCCACGAAAUGCAGGACAUGGGCGAUCGACUGCGGAUGAUCGUUUUAGCACACCGGCGCAUCCGCGCCACCGGUGUCGUUCAGGAUACCGAGCAAGAACCGGACAACGUUGUUGUGCGACGCGGACGAUUAGUUAAGAAAUCCAAGCGGAAAUCCGUCGAGGAGUCACCUCCCGUCGACCUGUCGCAGGAAAAACUUCCAAAUGAGAAUAAUACCAACGGCCCGACGACUCCCACCCCCGAAGAACUUAAAAACCAAGUUUUAAUGGUGGAUGUGGAAAAUGUUCCCGCUCCGGUAUUUCAGAUGACCGAUCAGAUUAAGGCUUUGACGGCGGAAGUGGUCAAAACCAUUCGCGACAUUAUCAGCAUGAAUCCCUUGUACCGCGAAAGCUUGAUGCAGAUGAUCCAAGCAGGGCAGCGGGUGACGGACAAUCCCGUUUAUCUGGCGGAUCUCGGAGCGGCUUUAACGGCCGGAGAAGCUGCGGAGUUGCAGGCUGUUCUAGAGGAGCCGGAUAUUGCUCGCAGACUGGAAUUGGUGCUGGGACUGUUGAAAAAAGAGUACGAGCUGAGUAAAUUGCAGCACAAGAUUGGAAAAGAUGUGGAGGAAAAGGUGAAACAGCAGCACCGAAAAUAUAUGCUGCAAGAACAGAUGAAAGUGAUCAAGAAAGAGUUGGGAUUGGAGAAGGACGAUAAGGAUGCUAUUGCUGAUAAAUUCCGCGCGAGAUUAAAAGAUUUAACAUUAUCCAAGGAAGUAGAAGAUGUUAUCAAUGAAGAGCUGAACAAACUGGGAAUGCUGGAUAAUCAUUCGUCGGAAUUUGCUGUGACUAGAAAUUAUUUGGACUGGUUGACGAGUAUGCCAUGGGGGAAAUCGAGCGAAGAAAAUCUGGAGUUAGACCGUGCCAAAAAAAUCCUGGAAGAGGAUCAUUACGGAAUGAAUGACGUUAAGCAGCGCAUUUUGGAGUUUAUUGCUGUCAGUCAACUGAAAAAAACCAUUCAAGGAAAGAUUUUGUGUUUCUAUGGACCACCCGGUGUGGGCAAGACAAGUAUAGCUCGAUCCAUUGCGAAGGCUCUUAAUCGCGAAUAUUACAGAUUUUCGGUUGGCGGUAUGACUGAUGUGGCAGAAAUUAAGGGUCACCGCCGCACUUAUGUUGGUGCCAUGCCUGGGAAGAUCAUACAAUGCUUGAAAAAGACCAAAACAGAGAAUCCGUUGGUAUUGAUUGAUGAAGUAGAUAAGAUUGGUAAAGGAUACCAAGGCGAUCCAGCCGCCGCUUUGCUGGAAUUACUGGAUCCUGAGCAGAAUAAAAACUUUAUGGACCAUUAUUUGGAUGUGUCAGUGGAUUUGUCCAAGGUUUUGUUUAUAUGCACGGCCAACGUUAUCGACACGAUACCCGAUGCGUUGCGGGAUCGUAUGGAAAUGAUCGAAGUGGCCGGUUACGUACAAGAGGAGAAACUGGCAAUCGCCCAGAAGUAUCUCAUCCCGCAAGCACAAGAAAAGAGUGGUAUUAAGCCUGAACAGCUCCAUACAUCUGAUGAGGCGAUCUCGCGACUGAUACGGCAGUAUUGUCGGGAAAGUGGUGUCCGAGCGUUGCAGAAAUACGUCGAAAAGAUCCACCGGAAAGUGGCAUAUAAAAUUGUAGAAGAAAAGAAGGAACAGGUUGAAGUUACUUUGGAAAAUUUGGAAGAAUUUGUGGGUAAACCCAAGUUUUUAUCUGAGCGUCUAUACGAAGCGGAGACACCGGCUGGUGUGGUUAUGGGUCUAGCUUGGACCGCUAUGGGUGGAGCAUCUUUGUUUGUGGAAACGACUUUGCGACGGCCACUAGAUCAAGAAAACAAAGAAGGUUCCAUCGAAGUUACCGGCCACCUGGGUGAUGUUAUGAAGGAGUCUUGCAGGAUAUCGCACACAGUAGCCAAAAAUUUGCUCAUGCAGCAUGAGCUGUCAAAUCGUCUCCUGGAGAAAGGCCAUUUGCACAUCCAUGUGCCGGAAGGCGCCACGCCAAAGGAUGGACCAAGUGCUGGUGUGACCAUCGUCACCGCGUUGUUGUCGUUGGCUUUGAAUAAGCCCAUACCCGCCAAUGUGGCCAUGACGGGAGAAAUUUCGCUGACCGGGAAAGUUUUGCCUGUUGGUGGUAUUAAAGAAAAAACAAUCGCGGCGAAGCGGUCAGGAGUUACAACUUUGAUAUUACCGGAGCAAAAUCGGAAAGAUUUUGCCGAUCUACCCGAUUUCAUACGGAAUGAUAUCAAUGUACAUUUUGUUGACCAUUAUUCAAAGUUGUUUCCUCUUGUUUUUCCUGAUGCUGCCAAACACUCUUUGUAAUUUUAUGGGUUUAAUGGGUUUCUGGGUUUGGGUAUAUUUGGUGAAGUUUUUUUUAUUGGUUAUAAGUCUUGAGUAAAGUUGUUAACUUGG